GAUUGGCUCAUCAGUGGACAUACUCUGUGAUUUCACGUUUACUGAUCAUAACAAGGUCACAAAAGUGUUCUGGUUCAUUAAAGAUCAGACUGGUGUUGAACCUGUGGAUGUGAGAGAGGAUGAGGAGUAUCAGGGCCGAGUGCAGUACACACAGAUCUCCCAGAAUAACUGUAGUCUGAGAAUCACUAACCUGAGAGAGAGAGACGCUCAAACAUACAGAUUCAGAUUCUACACUGAUGGGGGUAAAUACACCGGUGAUCCUGGAGUCUCUCUGUCUGUCACAGAUCUGAAGGUUACAGUAUCAGACUGGAGUGAGCAGUACAUGAAUCUGAGUUGCAUCACCACCUGCACUCUGUCUAACAACCCCACUUACAUCUGGUACAAGAACAGACAGCGUGUGUCUGAGUGUAAAUCUGCCUCCUGCUCUGUAGCUGCAGUCGGUGGUGCGGUCAGUUACAGCUGUGCUGUUGAAGGCCAUGACAGUCUCCUCUCUCCUCCAGUGUAUUCUCCUAAAAACACCAGACCAGUGGUUCUUUCCUCUGGAGACAGAGUGGAGGGGGAUUCAGUGACUCUGAGCUGUAGCAGUGAUGCAAACCCUCCUGUUCUCACCUACUCCUGGUUUAAACAGAGAGCAGCUGCAGACACACUGCUGACAACAGGCCAGAAUUACAGCAUCAGCAACAUCAGCUCCCAGCACAGCGGACUGUACUACUGCACUGCUCACAACCAGCUGGGACAGCACAACUCUACACCGACACUCCUGGAUGUGAAGGGUAACUCUACACCAACACACCUGGAUGAGUCAGAGAAUUACACAGUGUUAAUGCUCGUCAUGUUGGGACUGGCUGUCUUCCUGGCAGUAACACUCCUCUCAGGAGCUCUGUGGAUGUGGAAGAGGAAGUCGAGCUCAGCUAAUGGCCACAGAAGCACUGGUGAGAGUGGACAGCGUCACUCUCCUGCUGUUUAUGAAAAUGUCUCAGCCUCAGACCGCAGUGGAAGAGUCACCUCAGAUGAUCAGGAUGACGUUCACUAUGCCAGUGUUGUAUUUAAAAACUCCCACACACAGGAAGUGUCUCUGUCACUCAGACUUCCUCCAGACACCACAGAGGAAGAGGAUGUUCAGUACGCUGCUGUGAACAUUAGCAGGAGCACUGCUGCCAUCCAGCUUGCAGCAGACGAAGCAGCUGAUGAUCCGUCUCAGCUCUACAGCAAGAUCCAGAAACUCCCCACUUCAGCAGUGUAGCCCAUCAUUAGUCCUGUGGCCUGGGAUCUAAAAGCUAAAGAGGUAGCACUUCAGGUUCCUGGAAAAAAGCUGAGAGAGAUGUGAUAGUUCUGUUCGGUAUCUCUGUUUUAACCCUCAACACUGCUUCCAAAUCUAACAGGAGAAGAGGGACGGCUUUAACAUUUUAUUAGAGUAGAGCUAGCAGUAUUAUUGCUUUGAUCGUGUAUUAUAGAGCUCUUAUAAUAUUGUAUACUGUUUUACCUUAAACUAUAUGUUUUUACAUUAUAAUCUUCAAUAACGUGUUUGAUUUAUAUUCACAUUAUUUUAAAUGCAAAAACAAAUUGCAGUGCUUAAAUUAUUUACCUAUGAACUUGUUUUUUAUCGUGCCGUCAUUGGCUGGUCAUUUACAUGACUAAUGCUGUAAUGUUUGUUAGUGAGAUAAUCAGACGAAAAAAAAUCCUGUAAAUAAUCUAAAUUUAUCCUUAGCUCAAAUUUGACUUGCUGCCUAGUCAGUUAUGUUAGCGAGUGGAAUCGACGCUAGUCUAACCUGGUAUUAGUGAAGAAAACGGGCUAACUUAAUUAAACAAAUCCAGUUUACAUGUUAGUAAACUAGUGAAAACGUGCCUUAUCAUGUUUUUCAAAUGAGAUGGAGUCCGUGCUUUCUAGGGAGGUAAAAGAGACGCUUCAUUUUAAACCAGUCUUUCUUUAGUCCAGCGUACUGAAACAUUUUCCUGAGGUAGGGUCAGGGUUAUUAACUAGAACACCUCCACAUAUGACUACUUGAUGUAAUUAAGGAAAUGUCCCCGCUGUGCAAACUUCCUCAGCUUGUGUCUAGAUAUAAAGCACUGCAGUCGAGCUUUUACAAAGUUUUUAAUACAUGCAUUGCUCAUUUUAUUCUGUUAAAACAACAAAAAGAAUGAAGUUUUCUUAAGUGUAUUUAUGUUACUGUAAACACAUUAGUAAUCACUGGGAGUAAAAAUAACAGCAAUUUUUGUGAAUCAUUUGCACAUUAUUGUAUUUUUUUAGUUACGGUUUCAUUUGAAGGAUGUAAAAGUCACUCUCAGGACAUCAACGUUCACAACAAUGAUACUUGUCUUUGUGUAACGUGUAUAAAAUGAUUUACGUGUGUUGUGAGCUUUUAGUGCUUUACGUCAGUUCAGAACUUUACUUAUG